UGGUCAGCUGAAGGAUUUCGAAGCCGUCUUGACGUUUUACGAGGUUCGGGAUCCAAUACAAUUGGGAAAAAGAGGAUUGCAAGAAGCUGGGUAGACACGAGGACACCAAUUGUACCACAUCUGCCGUGUAGUGUAUGCCGGAUAGAUAGCUCGCACCGAUUCUGUCGUCCGAUUCUUCGCUGCUAGCAACUCCAUCGUUUAGUCGUCGACAUAUUGGCGUGAACCCGAGAAAAGGAAAACCACCAUUCUCCGGCAAGAAUGGAGCACUCAUCCCCGUUGGCUGCUAUGCAGCCUCCCUCGGUGAUGUUCGGGCAUUGCUUUCGUGCCGAUGCACCGACGUCCUAUAAUUCUUUCAGUCCUAUGCGUGGACUGGGCCACAACAGUUUCAAUUUCAAAGACCUGUCGAUGAAGAAAGGUCAUGGAGAUUACUUCAACGUGAAACCCGUUCGGGGCUCCUCUCCCACGGCUAGCCUCGCUGCGGAUCUGUCUCAGAAUUUUCAUAUUGAUCAAAGUCCGCAGCUGGCUACGCCCCGGCGGUCUUUGUUCACUGCGAGUCUGCUCGGGAAUAGCAACCGGUGUGCAGAGUCAAUGACCACGCCUCCGCUUCCCUGUUCCUCGCCAGCCCCCGCUAUGGAUAUCAUGGAUAUGUCCCCGUUACCACACAAGCCCGCAUUCGGCCUCCUGAACGAAGUCGAACUCGAGUCACCUUGCCUGGAUUCUGCAAUGGAUACACCGAUGAUGUCUGCCGCUCCUAGCCCGUUGGAGGAAUCACCUCUCGUUCAGCCCAAGGACAGCCUGCAAGAGAGAAGACGUCCGACCUUCUUACGACCUAGCUUAGCUAGAAGCAAAGCCCAGACGUUCCAGCUCGGCAUGAACAAACCCGCACCGGAAAGCCAGGCACCGCCCUUUAAGUUCCACAGCAAGGCUGGCAAAACCUCGUUGAGUGCAUCGGCAUCGCUGGAGGAUAUGUUCAAUGAAUCACCCCAGCGGGAACGGCCGACAUUGAGGAGUCACUCGAACGGCAUCCUUGCCAAUCCACGACUGCGACCGCAAUUGAGCAACAGUGGGAGCCACGUCCGCGGGAAUGGGUCGCCAUCCGCGGCCUCGGUCCGCAAAAAUUCCCACCCUGUGAUGCGCCCUCGGAAACAGUGCCGACGCUCACUGAGCAUGUUUGAGCACCCGGAGGAUAUUGUCGUCGAAAAAGAGGCUAAUUAUACUACAAAUGCACCACUUCCGGCAAUCGCCGACAUUGAAGGAACCCCGAGCCUGCAGCUCCCUCACACCUUUUCUGAGGACCAGGCCGAUACACUGCCUCGUAUCGACAAGAAUAUUCUCGUGGAGCUCAUGGAUGGCAAAUACAAUGAUCGGUUUGACCACGUCAUGAUCGUGGAUUGCCGCUUCGAGUACGAAUAUGAGGGCGGCCACAUCACCGGCGCCGUGAACUACAACGACAAGGACUAUUUGGCCGCCGAACUCUUCGCCAGCCCCCAACCGCGGACCGCAUUGGUUUUCCAUUGCGAAUAUUCCGCCCAUCGUGCCCCUAUCAUGGCGAAAUAUAUUCGCCAUCGGGAUCGCGCAUACAACAUCGAUCAGUACCCGCAACUCAGUUACCCCGAGAUGUAUAUCUUGGACGGUGGCUACAGCGCGUUUUUUGCCGAGCAUCGGACCUUGUGCUAUCCCCAAAACUACGUUGAGAUGAGCGCCAAGGAACAUGAGUUUGCCUGCGAGCGUGGCCUCGGGAAGGUCAAGCAGCGGUCCAAGCUCAAUCGCGCCCAAACCUUUGCCUUUGGUCAGCACUCUCCUCAGAUGGAAGACAGCCCGACGGGGAGGUGUCGCAACAACCCUGGUGACCGCAACCGUUAUCUGGGCUCACCAUUUGCCGAAAGCCCAGGAUCUGGACGAUUUUCCGGACGGCGUAUGCUGUCUUACUGA